AUGUCGUACACAGCCCCUCCGCAACGCAUCACCUUUGAUGGUUUUCUAUUCGAUAUGGACGGCACUAUCAUCGACUCAACUGAGGCCGUCGUCAAGCACUGGCAAACAGUCGGCAACGAAAUAGGUGUCGCACCCGAGGUUAUCCUCGAAACGUCUCACGGCCGCCGGAGUAUCGACAUCUUGAAGAUUUUGGCCCCUGAAAAAGCAAACUGGGAAUACACCCGUGAGAUGGAGGGCCGACUUCCGAAACUGUACGGCAAGGACGCCGUCGAGAUCCCGGGAGCGAGGGCACUGCUGGAUGCCCUAAUCAAGGAGAAGGCUCCCUGGGCUAUUGUCACGUCGGGAACUGAGCCCCUCGUUGGCGGAUGGCUCGAGGCCCUCGGCCUGCCCAAGCCCGAGCACCUCGUAACCGCCGAGUCCGUCGAGAACGGCAAGCCGGACCCAACCUGCUACAAGAUCGGCCGCGAAAAGCUCGGUCUGCAAGACGCGUCUAAGCAGGUUCUUGUCUUUGAGGACAGUCCGGCAGGCAUCAAGGCCGGCAAGGACGCUGGAUGCAAGGUGCUUGGCCUCGUCACAAGCCACACCGUUGAGCAGGUUGCCAGCGCCGAGCCGGACUGGAUCGUCCAAGACCUGGACUCAGUCAGGCUCAUCGAAGUCAAGGGGGGUUCCAUCACCUUGGAGUUCUCCAAUGCCCUGGUGUCGGAGGUAUCAGCUGCCUGA